AUGGCUUCUAAAGAGAUCACUGCCUCUGGUUUCGUCAGUGUGAACAAGGAUAUCACAGAAAGCAUCAGGAAGAUUAUCGAUAAAUCAUCUAUAAAGUUUGUUCGUGGCAUCAAGCUCGACACCAAAAAUGGCAAAACAGAGGACAGGAUACUGGUCCUCACAACAUGGCGUCUCUAUUUCCUGGCGACAAAGAUUCCCGCCAAGGUCGAAUCCACAUUCAACUUCUUGGAGAUUCGAGCUCUGAAUUCACACCCUGAGCAGCAGGUCAUCAUCGACACUGACAAGUCCAGCUACUCCAUGAGGUUUGAAUCCCGCGAGCACCUCAAUCAUGUGGUCAGCCAUAUUAAUUUCGCUCUGUCUCGCAUAUUCAACAACUCCAUCUUUGCCCCGUCCAUCAGUCACUCAGACAGUGACCUUUCUGAGGGGAGCAGGAAGUAUUCGCCCAGCUCAGAGACUUCAGUGGAAACCCAGAGGGCUUGUGGAGGCUUCUCAGAGACCUACGCCGCUCUGUGUGACUAUAAUGGCAUCAGCUGCAAGGAGGAAGUGCAGUGGGAUGUGGACACCAUCUAUCAUUCCCAGGACAACCGAGAGUUUAACCUGCUGGACUUCAGCCACCUGGAGAGCAGGGAUUUAGCUGUGAUCGUCGCCUCGAUGGCGUACAACACGUGGUUUACCAAGCUGUACUGCAAAGACCUGCGCAUAGGGUCAGAGGUCACGGAGCAGGUCCUGCAUACGGUCAGCAAAUCGUCCAGCCUGGAGGAGAUCACUCUGGAGAACGCCGGGCUAAAAUCAGACUUCCCUCAGAAGAUGUCCGCCGCUCUGUCAGAGAACCCUGCCUCCGUCAUCCACUCGCUCAACUUGGCCCACAACUCACUGGACAACCAAGGUGUGUCCAACUUAAUACAGCAGGUGUGUCGCCUCAGCAAGGGACUUCGUCUGCUCAACCUCUCCAAGACCUCGCUCACCUCCAAAGGAGUGGUGUCUCUCUCUCAGGCUCUGUGCUCCAGCGACGAGUACUCCAACUCUCUCCUGCACCUGGACCUGAGCAAGAACCCGGGGGUCCUCUCGGGGGAGGAUGCCUCGAACUUGUAUCUCUUCUUGUCUCAGCCCAACUGCCUGGUCCAUUUGGAUCUGUCCGGCACAGAUUGCUCCGUGGACUCACUAUUUGGGGCUCUUCUGAGGGGGUGUUGCGCUGAUCUCUCCUUUCUGAAUCUUUCCAAAAAUUCCUUCUCCCACAGGAAAGUGAAGGACACGCUGCCGAUGUUUCGUCAGUUCUUCAGCUCGGCCUUCAGCCUCACUCACGUCAGCCUGGCCUCUAUGAAGCUGCCCCCUGAUGUUCUGAGGGCUCUCCUGGCAGGGUUGACCUCCAACCCUCAUAUCAAUGACCUUCAUCUGGACAUCAGUGGUUGUGAGCUAAGGUCUGCAGGAGCUGCUGUAAUCCAGGAACUCUUCCCCAGAGUCUCCUCCAUCGCCACUCUGGAUAUCUCAGACAACGGUCUGGAUGCAGACUUGCUCACAGUGCUGCCAGCCCUCUCCAGACACCCCUCCCUCAGACACCUUCAUCUGGGCAAGAACUUCAACAUCAAAAACAGGGUUCUGGAUGAGGUCCUGCAGAAGCUGGUCCAAAUCAUACAGGAGGAGGAAUGUGCCCUGCAGUCGCUGUCGCUGACAGACUCGCGCCUACGCUCUCGGGGCACCGUGCUGGUCAACGCCCUGGGCAGCAACACCUGCCUGAGGAAGGUGGACCUGAGUGGGAACAACAUGGACGACAUCGGAGCCAAGAUGCUGAGCAAAGCCCUGCAGAUCAACACCACACUCAGGAGUGUGACAUGGGAUCGCAACAACACCUCCGCAGCAGGGUUCCUGGAUGUGGCACGAGCACUUGAACAUAAUUUCACCUUGCAAUACAUGCCUCUCCCCCUAAGUGACAUCAGCCAGGCGUACCGCAGCGCCCCCGAGAGGACAGAGCAGGCACUGACCAAGAUCCAGCGCGCUCUGGUGAGGAACAACCAGACCCAGAGCUUCUCUCAGCGCCAGGCUCUGCGGCUGCACCAGGGCCUGGUCACGAGCACCGCCGAACAGGUGAUGGAGCGCCUGUGUGUGCGUGUCCAGCAGCAGGUGUGUUUGCUGCGAGGUGUCGGGGAGAUGGAGGAGAUUCAAGCUGCUAAACAAGUGCUAAAAGAGGCCAGGAAUUCCCGCGCUCUCUACCCUUCACUGUGUGAGCUGGCUCAUGUGCUGUCUGUGGACGGGCCGGUGCGGCAGAGACUGGACUCUCUGGCUGGGGAACUCGCUAAAGCUGCAGAUAAGGAGCUUCAGGUGAUCGUGGACUCAAUGGUGUCCCUCUGUCGCGAGCUCUGUCCUUUAUCUUCUUCUGCGGCGGAGAGGUUGAGUCCUCCGCUCUCGUCCGUCUCCGAGCGCGUGUCCAUCCCUCGCUCUGCCAUUCGGACCGCCCUGAUGGAGAGAGCAGCGCAGGACAUUCACCGAGCCUUAGAAGAGGUGAAGCUCUCAGUGGUUUCCUAUCUCACCAACUCCAUCGUGGACCAGAUCCUGCAGGAGCUCUACGCCACCCAUAAGACCCUGACCCGGCAGGUGUCCCACCUCAAACGGUGGGACGGGACGUGUGAAGACGGGACAGGCUGGAGGUUUAACAGACACAGAGACUCUCUGGACAUCACAGACGAGGAGCUCGGCACCAGCAUAGACACAAUAGCCAUUAAGAAGCGCAGCUCGCGAACAAGACGAAUCCGACCCGUCUCCACCCGGCUGAGUCUGUGUGACGACUCCAGCUCCUCUCCACCCCCCUCCGUGCCAUCGUACUCGUCGCCGCUAUCCCGCUCGGCAUCCUGGGAGGGCCUGUCAGAGCUGCCAACACAGGGCCUGCCUCUCCAUCACGUAACGAGGGUUCGGCCGAGACCUCCGCGGAGACACAAAGGAGGACACGUCGCUUCUGAGACGCACUGCAGUGAAAAUGGAGGAAUAAGCCCUCUUGAUGAUGGACUCCCAGACUUCUAUACAAAACGAGUUCUCCCUGACAGCCAGCUGUCCUCUCUGCACAAAGCUCACUCCCUGAGGAGGAAGAAGAGGAGAAACAUGCUCGCCAUCUUUGGCUUCCGUAAAAACCGCAACCAGACUCUGUCCGGUCAGGGUCCCCAGGAGUCUGAGGCAGAGAGUUAUGGAGAUUGGUGUCACACUGUUGCUACAGCACCCACAGGGACCGCCACGGAGAACGUGUACACGUUCCUCCAGCCGCCGAGGUCCUCCGCCAGAGUGGGAUCUCCUGGAGAAGGGGCUGAUGGGAAAAUGAACGAUCUCCAGGGGAAAAAUACUCUCGUUCUGAGUCCGCCGCCGGUGCCGGGCAUCCCUCACCCAGGCGGGGGGGGGGGCAAACACCCCUUUUAUUCUCCCAGAGAGAGAGCUGAGGGAGACGCUGUGUUUGAUCAGCCGGUGCAGACAGACAGGUACUGGGCGGACGACAAGCAGAGGACAUCCGAGGUGCUGCAGGCGGACAAGCAGUGGAUGGAGGCGAGGCAGAGCGAUCAGCAGUUUGACGACAGGCUGCAAGAAAGAACCACAGAUCCCAGAACGGCCGACAGACAAACGGACAGUUACUGGACUGAGAGCAGACAUCCAGACAGACACGUGGACAGACAGUGGACUGUUGACAGACACACCCAACGGCAGAUUGACAGGAAGAUAGAGAGGCAGUGGAUGGGCGGUCGACAGAUAGACAGGUCGUGGUCGGAGAACAGACACGCGGACGUACAGGUGGACAGUCAGUGGACAGAGAGCAGACAUCCGGGCAAAAAGAUGGACAGACAAGUGCCGGCGCUUCACUUGGCUCAGAGGCCGCUGCCUCCGUACCCGGCGGAGAGGACGCCUUCGCCAAAACAGGAAGCAGACCCUCUGAAAAGCUCAGAGGCAGACUGGCAUCAGCAGGACGCACAGGGAGACAGACUCAUGAGUCCCGACGCUGGUGGAGGGUUUACAGAAGGAUGGAGAGGCAGCGCAGCAGGAGGAGGAGGAGGAGGAGGAGGAGGAGGAGGUCGGGCUGCUCCCUCUGCAUCUAAACCCGACCCCCCGCCACAAAGCAGCAAACCCAACCUGUCCAAGCUGAGGCAGAGACAUCGGCUGGAGAGCUCCGACGCUCUACCAGGUACAGAGGAGGAAGCAGAGCCAGAGAGGGAUCCUGGAAAGAUGGAAAAGAAAGAAAGAGAAAAAAGAAGAGAUUCAGAGAGUCAACCUCCUCCGAUUCCAGAAAAGCCAAAGACGUCCUCGUAUGUGACUUUUCCAAAAGAAUCAGCCAUUGAGAGGAACUUACCUCCUCCUCCUGUGCCGCCUCCUGUUUUCAAGCCAUUGCAUGGAUUACCAGACAGAGCUGCAAGUCAAGGUGAAGAAGGACUGAGACCUCAGGCACCAGUGAAACCACAGAGGAACAGAAAGGCCAUGUCUUGUGACGCAGGCACUGACAGGGAAAGUCCUAAUAACGUUGAGAAGCCCCCAAACCGCAAACCCCCUGUGAAAAAACCUAGACUACCCCAAAACAGAAAUAAGUCACUGGACUUGUCUGACAGCAUCAACUCAGCACCUGGUCACAGCGAGCUGUUGUGAUGCCCUGGAAAUUCGCCUUCCCCCGCUGUCCGGCCGAAGUGUUGUCAUGACAACCGUGGAGCAUUUAAUCCGGCAAGGAGACAACGGAAAACAUCUGAGGGAAAAAGUCUGACAGCGCAACAAGACAGACAUAAAGCAUCAGUCACACGUUUCUGUUGAAACACUCACUCUCCUUAAUGUCACUUCCCUCCCUCGUCAGCUUCACCCCGACCGUGUUUGUCUUUGCUUUCCUCUCACGUGAAAACUCGCUCAACUAUUUUUUGUGGCUACAGUAUUUUAACAGUAUUUGCUACUUUAGAAAACCCAAAUGAUCAUUGUCUUUUGUGUCGGUGGACGAUGGUCUGAGCACUUGAGCAUUGUGGCUUUGCUAGACAGAGGAGAGAAGAAUGUCUUUGUUAGAAUGUGAUUUCAUAAACCUGCAGUGGAUCCUUGAAUGCUGAUAACAGUUGAUUGCCUUGGUUUGACACUUGAAAAUGAGUUGCUUCUUAUCAAAUGAAACUUGAUGAUUUAUAUCUAGUUUUGCUUUCAGGAACUGAAAGGUAAUAUAUUUUAUAGAAAAAGUAAAUAUUAUGU